CCCUUUUUUGACCACAAAUGAUUUGAGAAUCUGCCUCCGACUGAAUAGAGUGAUAGUGCUGGACAGAGAAUCCACACAUCCUGCAUUCAUCCGAAAUCGCUGCAGGUUCGCCAUCUCGGAGACUGGAUCUGACAUUAUGAACGAAUUGUGUGAUUCUCUACCGCCUAAGACUGGCACGACAGAAAACGCCGUGGAAAUAUGUAAAAGAUGUGGGAGAGGCAUGACGUUCCCAGAAUUGUACAAGAAAGGGGAAGCAAUCGUCAUUGCACCAGGAUAUGAGUUAUCACGUACUAAAAGUAACAUUGCUGUCCACCUGUGUGAUGAAUUCUUCAAUCGGAUUCAAUCUCCGAAGCCACUUGUUUCAAGGCCUCCAUCUGAAAGCCAGACGGAGCAGCUGGUCACCGACCUGCAGACGCAGAUCACCGAGCUGGUGAACUUACUGGAACAGGAAAGUCUCAAGCAAAUGAGCAUUGUAAAGAGGUUUCAGGCCGAGAAUAAAGAAGCCAGCUUGAUGAUGCAGAAAAAACACGAGGAGGAUUUGAGAAAGAUUUUGGAGAUGCAUGCUCUCGAAAUCGAGGAGAUGCAGAACAACUUUGCUGAGAUCCUGGAGGCAGAGACAGGGAAAGCAAAGAAGAAAUAUCAUGAGCUGAAGGAUCAGUUUCAAAGUUUACAGGCUGCAUUUAUAUCCUUUAAGGAAUCCAUCACUGAAGAAAUGAAUGAAAGGUUAGCACAGAAGGAACGUGAACUCAAGGAGAAGCACAGCAUGGAAAUGAAAAGGGAACUGGCUUUACAGAGGCACGCUCUGGAACGUAAAUGUGAUGACGAGAAGCAGUCAAUAGUCGACAAUUAUGAAGAGCAGAUUAACACCAUUAUUAGUAGGCACAAAGGGGAGAUGGAUAAUGCUGCAGAGCAGUAUAGUGCCAUUAUGGAAACGGUUGAGGAGCUGAGAAAUGCAAAGCUACAGAUCGAGGAUCUGCUGCAGCAGCUGGAAAAGAAGAAUGAAGAAAUACAGAAUCAGUCUGAGUAUCUGAGCUUUCUUGAGACACAGCUGGCAUAUGAUCGAGCUAGGUUGGCUGAGAUUGAAGGAACUUACAAGUUAAACAUUGGCUCCAUGAAGAGGAAAUACGUGACGUCCAUGAAAGCUUUAGAAGAUCAGAACCUUGAUCUAAAACAAUUGUUUGCUAUAAAGGCUGAAGAACUUUGUGCCCUUCGGGCAAUGAUUGAAGAGAGAGAGAGAAUAGAACAGCUUGAAAGAAUGAAUUCCCAGCAAUAACAAAGAGUCUUUGCAACUAGCAGUCCAGCCAAUAUGGACAUAUUACAGCUAGCAUCUCUUCCAGCAUCAAACCAGGGGACUAGAAUUUGUCUACGUGCAUCAUGCACAGAGGAAGCUGGGAUUUGGAAUUGUGGAGCAGAAAGCAGUGAGGAGCUUCCUUGAUUUUUUUUUCAAGAAAAUAAUAAAUUAGCUUGAAUAGAGAGGGUCUGGCAGCAUUCAUUUGUUUUGUCAACAGAAUAAACUGGGACUUUGCUGCUC